GAGGGAGAGGGGGAGAGAGGGAGGGAGUGAGGGAGAGUAGGAGAGUGGUAGUGAGGGAGAGGGGAAGAGAGGGAGUGAGGGAGAGUAGGAGAGUGGGAGUGAGGGAGAGGGGAAGAGAGGGAGUGAGGGAGAGUAGGAGAGUGGUAGUGAGGGAGUGAGGGAGAGUAGGAGAGGGGUAGUGAGGGGGAGAGAGGGAGAGUAGGAGAGUGGUAGUGAGGGAGAGGGGGAGAGAGGGAGAGUACGAGAGUGGUAGUGAGGGAGAGGGGGAGAGAGGGAGUGUAGGAGAGUGGUAGUGAGGGAGAGGGGGAGAGUGGUAGUGAGGGAGAGGGGGAGAGAGGGAGAGUAGGAGAGUGGUAGUGAGUGAGAGGGGGAGAGUGGUAGUGAGGGAGAGUAGGAGAGUGGUAGUGAGGGAGAGUGGUAGUGAGGGAGUAGGAGAGUGGUAGUGAGGGAGGGUGGUAGUGAGGGAGUAGGAGAGUGGUAGUGAGGGAGAGUGGGAGUGAGGGAUUGAUUUGACUUCGUAUUCCAGUCAGCAGCUGUAAUGUUUGGUAAAGCAUCAUGGAUUAAAACCGUUUAAGAUGGAUUUUUCACAGAUUCAAAUUCUUCUGGACAGGUGCUGCCCCAAGUCUGUUUCCCUUCCCUUCCUAUCCCCCCCUGUCCCACUCCUGUGCCAAGCUGUCCUGUCCUUUCCUAUCCUGUCCUAAACUGUCCUCGGCUCUGUCCUGUCCUCAGCUUUGUCCUGUCCUUGGCUCCUGUCCUCCACUCAGGAACAGGAACCAGGUAGGAACCAGCAAGACCUAGCACUGUCCUGUCCUCUCUUGUCCUCAACUGUCCCUGUUCUGAGCUCUGUCCUGUCCUGGGCUCUGCUCUGUCCUGUCCUGGGCUUUGCUCUGUCCUGGGCUCUGCUCUGUCCUGUCCUGGGCUUUGCUCUGUCCUAGGCUAUGUGCUUUCUUGGCCUUUGUCCUGCUUGGGCUCUGCUCUGUCCUGUCUUGGGCACUCUCCUGUUCUGGGCUCUGCCCUGUCCUGUCUUGGGCACUGUCCUGUUCUGGGCUCUGCCCUGUCCUGUCUUGGCCUCUGUCCUGUUCUGGGCUCUGUCCUGUACUGUCUUGGGCUCUGUCCUGUUCUGGGCUCUGUCCUGUCCUGGGCUCUGUCCUGUCCUGGGCUCUGUCCUGGGCUCUGCUCAGCCCUGGUUUGUCCUGGGCUCUGUCCUGUCCUGGGCUCUGCCCUGUCCUGUCUUGGGCACUGUCCUGUUCUGGGCUCUGCCCUGUCCUGUCUUGGGCACUGUCCUGUUCUGGGCUCUGCCCUGUCCUGUCUUGGGCACUGUCCUGUUCUGGGCUCUGCCCUGUCCUGUCUUGGCCUCUGUCCUGUUCUGGGCUCUGUCCUGGGCUCUGCUCAGCCCUGGUCUGUCCUGGGCUCUGUCCUGUCCUGGGCUCCUGUCCUGUGGUCCUCAUAAUGUCCUCCACUCAGGAACAGGAACCAGGUAGGAACCAGCAGGGCCUAGCACCACAGAGAGAGCCCAUAACAAUGUAUGAUUCUCAUUACGUUGUACGUAAUGCUCCCAGGCACCCAGGUGUUUCUCCAGGGUUCCAAUGCUCCCAGGCACCCAGGUGUUUCUCCAGGGUUCCAAUGCUCCCAGGCACCCAGGUGUUUCUCCAGUGUUCCAAUGCUCCCAGGCACCCAGGUGUUUCUCCAGUGUUCCAAUGCUCCCAGGCACCCAGGUGUUUCUCCAGGGUUCCAAUGCUCCCAGGCACCCAGGUGUUUCUCCAGGGUUCCAAUGCUCCCAGGCACCCAGGUGUUUCUCCAGGGUUCCAAUGCUCCCAGGCACCCAGGUGUUUCUCCAGGGUUCCAAUGCUCCCAGGCACCCAGGUGUUUCUCCAGGGUUCCAAUGCUCCCAGGCACCCAGGUGUUUCUCCAGGGUUCCAAUGCUCCCAGGCACCCAGGUGUUUCUCCAGGGUUCCAAUGCUCCCAGGCACCCAGGUGUUUCUCCAGGGUUCCAUCAGGUCACAUUUCAGGAGCAGUCCAAAUGUUCUAAAAUCAGGAGAGACUUUUCGUGUGGCCGAGGGAACGUUAUCUCACAACACAACAGGAAGCAGCACUUUCACAUUCCCCAACAUCCUUACAUCCUGAAAAUCACCGGACAGACACUGUAUCUGUGUGUGUGUGUGUGUGUAUGUCUAUCUCUGUGUGUGUAUCUCUAUCUGUGUGUGUGUGUGUGUGUGUGUCUCUAUCUCUGUGUGUGUAUCUCUAUCUGUGUGUGUGUGUGUGUGUGUCUCUAUCUCUGUGUGUGUAUCUCUAUCUGUGUGUGUGUGUGUGUGUGUGUGUGUGUGUGUGUGUGUGUGUGUGUGUGUGUGUGUGUGUGUGUGUGUGUGUGUGUGUGUGUGUGUGUGUGUGUAUCUCUAUCUCUGUGUGUGUAUCUCUAUCUCUGUGUGUGUAUCUCUAUCUCUGUAUGUGUGCGUGUAUCUCUGUGUGUGUGUGUGUGUAUCUCUGAAUGUGUGUGUGUGUAUCUCUGUAUGUGUGUGUGUGUGUGUGUGUGUGUGUGUGUGUGUGUGUGUACUUAUAGAUGA